CACGUAGUUUAUGGUUCUGUUCUUGACGAUCCUUCGAAAGAAAUAAAAUAGUGGCGUUUUCGUUCCGUAAUUGAUAUAAGGGUAACUUCCGCUACGAAAUUCGCCUUCUCAACUAGAAGAGUUCCUUGUGGUACAUGUGAAAAUCGGUUCGAUUACGAUGAACAAUCUGAAGACGUUUUCCACAUCACUGGCGAUAUGUCGUCACCAUUUCGUAAAGUUUUAUGUUCAGAGAAAGAUUAGCAGUGUAAUUGGAAGCUCUGGAAGGGCGAUGUAUGGCGCUCAGCAGGUUGAUGCUGCACAAACAACAUCCUCCUACCAUCCGUGUCAUGUCCAGGUUCCAUCAGUCAGGUGCAUGUCAAUGAAAAUUGACAGUGGAGCGGCCCAGUUUGUGGGAGAGAGCCAAGAACCAGAUGGGGAUUACUGGCAAAUUGAAAUAUCCUAAAGUGAAACUGAAGCUGUCAGGAUACAACAUGUACGUCUGCUGUCAGGCUCAGGUUGACUUGAAACAAAUGUUUCAGGAUCUGGACCUGCCUGAUACAUUCAACUCCUGGUUCCUUGUCACAGAGUUGCAUGUUUGGUUGUGUAUGGUGCGGCUAGCUGAGCUGGGCAAGGAGGGGCGUGUUGUCCGGAACAGCGUGGUGGAGGCCAUGUGGGCUGAUGUGGACAGGAGGAGCAAGGAGCUAGGGAAUGCAGCAUCACUGACCGCAAGGAAAGAGGGCAUCCAGGAUCUCGGUGCUGCCUUCUAUGCUGCUCUCUUCUCAUAUGAUGAAGGUAUCCUGGGAGAUGACCGAGAGUUGGCUGGAGCAGUAUGGAGAAUCCUCUUUGAAAGGAGUCAAGACAAGGAACCUCACCAGUUGGCUCUUAUGGUGGAGUACAUAAGGAAACAGGUUCACCAUCUGGACCACCAGGACUCCGACCUGAUGCUGAGGCGUGGGGUUGUCACCCUCCUCCCUCUCUAUGGGGACAAACUCAAUGUGGACGAAAUCAAUAGCAAACUCCUGGCUAUAUUCAGCAGGAAGAUGGUGUCUUGAUGUUUCACCUGUCUGACCUCACUUAUAUUCACAAAGACAGUAUAGCCCAGUGUUUGAACAUUGAGAGAUGGUGUUUCGGUGUGGUUGCUUUCUCUUCUGGUCCCAGCAUGUGGAUUGAUGCCCUGCCUUGUACUUUCUCCCAAACAGCCACUGGUUAUGUCAUCCACUUUCAAUCAACAAAGUUGAUCAAGUCUUCAGAUAUUUCCUCAGACAUGACGUCUGCCAUAUUCACUGCGGUACUGAAGGUGGGUCAGUGGUUCGGCUCCAAUCUCUUGUUGCCAGUGUGAAACUUAUGUGUGGUUUCAGUAGCCAGCCACAGACCCCAGGGGAAUCUGGUACUGACAUGGUUACAUCCUUGUAUCAGGCAUCAGGCUUUCACAAGUGCACUGCAAUUCUCUAACCAGAGUUACAUCCCUUGAGCAUGACAGAAACCUAUGGUUGUGGGUUGAAAACAUCUGAGAUCUGCAACACUUUGGGCUUUCCUCCAACAAUAAGCUGAACAGGCUGAGAAGGCUUCUGUACCUCAAGACCAAAGGUCAAAAUGUGAACAAGAAAAUUAAACUUGUCCAAACCCCACUGACUCGGGACAGACAGUUGUGAGUAAAUCAACUGUGUUGUGUACAUACAGCCAUCAGACUUCUGUCAUUUAUUUGUGAGAAGGUGACUUGUCCGUGAGGUAGCUGGAUUCUUCAGUCAUGAUAACAGAUCCUCUGUCGAGUUCUCUAACAGUUGUUGAGAGUGACACAGUGUGCUUUGUAUUGCUUUGUUAUUGACACAGUGUGGUAGGUUUAUCAUGGAAGCAUGAUUUCUGUAUAAACAGUUGAUAAUAGGAGACAAUAUACAUAGUAUAUGUAGGUUGAUGGUAGGAUAUGUAUGGAGGAGUGUUAUUGGUACAUAUGUCCUAAUAUUCUGACAAUACACUCACCAUUUCUCCCUGAGUUUUACAGAUACUUCAGGUACAAUGUAUAAAGAGUGUUAUGCAUUACGGGUAUUUGUAUAGAAAUGGUCCAGCCACAGAAUUAGUCAACAACUGUUGUUUUUUGUUGUUCAGGCUUUCCUAAAUUAUAAAAUAUAAUAAACUCUGAGCAGAUGGCUCAGAAACGUGA